CCCCAGCUAUUCACCAUUUUACUCCUCUCUCCCCUCAGCCUCUAUCGCUGGAGCUGGAUCUGAUUCCCCCGGAGGAUCCAUAAUAAUAAUAAUAAUAAUAAUAUAAUAAUAAUAUUAAUACUAAGCCGGACACGCGGUGUGAGAGCGCUUUAUCCCGGGAGCCGGACACUUCCAGGAGCUGAGAGAGAGAGAGAGCGGUGUAUCCGCGGUAUAGGAGGGGGCUCGGGGGAGCAGAGCGACUUAUAGAAGGCAGUCAGCCAGCCAGGCAGGGGCCGGAGGGGACAGGCACAGAGCGACUUCUAUGAAGGGCAGAGUGAGUUCCAGGAGGAGACAUUGCUGAGGGGGAACCGAUUUAUCGGAGGACAGACAGCGAUUUAUCCGGGGAGAGCCGCUCAGAUGGAUGAGCAAGGGAGGCUUCUCCAGGCCCGGGGGGUGGGAAUGCCCGGACACCCCAUCCAUGGAGGACCCCAAACCCUCACCCCCCACCCCAUGCACGACCCCCCCUCGGACAAUGGAGACACCAGGAAGCAGGAUAUCGGCGACAUAUUACAACAGAUCAUGACUAUCACAGACCAGAGCCUGGACGAGGCUCAAGCAAAGAAACAUGCCUUAAACUGCCACAGGAUGAAACCGGCUCUCUUCAGUGUCCUAUGUGAGAUUAAAGAGAAGACAGGUUUGAGUAUCCGGAACAACCAGGAAGAGGAACCAGUUGACCCACAAUUGAUGCGUUUGGACAACAUGCUUCUGGCAGAAGGUGUAGCAGGGCCAGAGAAAGGUGGUGGCUCUGCGGCGGCGGCUGCAGCGGCUGCUGCCUCUGGAGGAGUCUCUCCAGACAAUUCCAUCGAGCACUCUGAUUACAGGAACAAACUGUCCCAGAUACGACAGAUCUAUCAUGCAGAGCUGGAGAAGUAUGAGCAGGCUUGUAAUGAAUUCACCACCCACGUAAUGAACCUUUUGAGGGAACAGAGCAGAACCCGUCCUAUUUCCCCCAAAGAGAUUGAGCGUAUGGUGUCAAUCAUCCACCGGAAAUUUAGCUCUAUUCAGAUGCAGCUAAAGCAGAGCACGUGUGAGGCUGUCAUGAUCCUUCGAUCUCGCUUCUUGGAUGCACGGAGGAAAAGAAGAAACUUUAGUAAACAGGCCACAGAAGUCUUGAAUGAAUAUUUCUAUUCACAUCUGAGUAACCCUUAUCCCAGCGAGGAAGCCAAGGAGGAAUUGGCUAAAAAGUGCGGCAUCACCGUGUCACAGGUUUCCAAUUGGUUUGGAAACAAAAGAAUUCGGUACAAGAAAAAUAUUGGGAAAUUCCAGGAGGAGGCGAAUAUCUACGCUGUAAAGACCGCUGUUACUGUGACCCAGGGCGGCCAUAGUGGGGCAAACUCACCCACAACUCCAACUUCUGCAGGUUCUGGUGGUUCAUUCAACCUCUCUGGAUCUAAUGAUAUGUUCAUGGCAAUGCAGGGCUUAAAUGGUGAUUCUUAUCCCCCCUCACAGGUGGAGUCAUUGCGUCAUUCGAUGGGUCCUGGUUACAGUGACAGUUUGUCAGCAAAUCAGAUGUACAGCCCUCGGGAGAUCCGGGCCAAUGGAGGAUGGCAAGAAGCAGUCACCCCUUCCUCUGUAACUUCCCCCACAGAAGGACCGGGCAGUGUACAUUCUGACACCUCUAACUGAGCUGUCUCUUCUUCUCUGCGUUUCUCGUCUCCAACCUCCUCCAACAAAUGAAGCUCUCUUGUUGACUGAACGCCAUAAAAUCACUCUGUCAAAAUGGACUAUGAAAAUGAGACUGCGUGUUCUUUCAGUGUUCCUCCAUCUUUCUAGUCAGCCUUUGCUUCUUAUUAUCCCUCUUAUUGAAAAGACUUCAAUUCACCUCUUUAAACUAUACCCCGUAAACAUUGUACGAUUCCUUGUUCUUUUUGGUGAAAUUAGUUGUCUGCCUUCUAUUUUAAGAAGAUUAACGUUUUUAAAAAAAAUGGUGUUCUGUACUCAUAAAAACAAUUAAAUUGGAACACUAAGCAUUGCCCCAUUUUACCCUAAAUAAGACUAGCCCAUGACGCAAUAUGAAUGUGCCACAAUUUCGGUUUACCUGUUAAAAGAGUUGUGAAAAAAUCAUGGAUUGAUGGAAUUGAAAAGAGAAACCGUAUUGGUGGAACGUGCAUUUCAGUAUAAGGAGGAAGGUUCAGUGCUGAUAGAAGAGGGAGACACACAGAAGACAGUGGAGAAAAGAACGGAGUACAAGAGAGGAGACCUGAAAAAAUAUCUAGAGAGAAAUAUAAGAGGCAUAACGGGAAACAGGUGACCAGGAAAAUGAGGAGGACAAGAGUGAUUUCAUGGAGAGAGGCGCAGAGAAGUGAAACAAGGACAAGGGAAACCUGGGAAAGAAUGGAGGCAGGAGCAAAAAACCAAGAGAAAAAAUGAGAUGGGACAUGAAAGUAAAUGAGAUUUAAGACUUAAAAUCUUCUUACUCCUUGCCUCCAGGGUCUACCCAGAAUCCUUUGAGGCUCAGCCA